AUGGAUUACUAUCAGCAGGCUCGACCACAGGCGUCCGCUGCUCAACCUACUCAUCAGUAUGUUCCGUACUCUGCGCAGGCUGGAGCAACUUCAUCUCAAAUGUAUUAUCAGCAACAGCCAAUAGGGCACCAGCCUCAGCAACCUCCAAGUUAUCAAUUCCCGAUACAAGCUGCGUCGGCCACCACAAAUAUGGAUUACGGACACAGCAUGGGUGCUACUCAACAGUCGGGUAUUUCUGGCUCGCAUAAUCACGGUCAGCAUCAACAAGGCGGUGUGAUGGGACAGGGUGUUCAACCGAGACGCGGAGUUUCGCAGCGCGGGGGGCCGCCGCCUGUCGAUUCAGCGACAUCAAUUCAAAAUGCGCCACACAUGCGUCUGUCGCCACAGCAGGAAUUACCUCUCCGUAUAGUAAUCGACUCAAAACAUGUCGGUGCGAUCAUCGGAACGGGAGGCAAUAAUGUUAGGGAAAUCACAAAGGAAUCGAAAGCUCGCGUCGUUGUGGACGUGCAGCGCACAGUUAAGGAUCAGCAGGGACACAGUGAGAAGAUAAUCUCAAUACUUGGCCAUUUGGAGAAUUGCUCAAAAGCGUGCGUUAAAAUUCUUGAAGUUGUUCAGCGUGAAAAUGAAAAGGACGAAAAUAGAGACAACAGUGAGAUCGAGCUAAAAAUCAGAGCUCAUAACCAGCUAGUGGGACGUCUAAUUGGAAAGCAAGGCGCAACUAUCAAAAGAAUCAUGCAGGAUACUGGAACAACCAUAUUUGUUUCGAACGAGCAAGCGUCUCGAGCUGCUGAAUUGUCUUCUAUGGGCGGUUUAAUGCCACCCUUCCCUGAUGCGGUUCUUACUAUGGAACGCACGAUUACUGUAAAAGGGCCAAGUAUCGAAGUGGUGUCUGCCGCUGAACAAAAGAUCUCUGCUAGGUUACGACAAAGUUACGAGACAGAUCUCCAGCACAGAAUGUCCUUUACCGGUAUCCCAGCGAUGCCUGGCAUGAUUCACCCGAUCGGUGACGCGUACGCGGCACUGGCUGCAUCUACAAUGCGUCCUAUUGGUGGACCGAUGUGUGGAGUUGGUGGACGUGUAGAUGUUUCCAAAACCACUCGGAUGUGGGUUCCCAACUCUAUGGUCAAACUACGGACGGAACUGACGGUUCCAUCUCGCUUAGUAGGUAGAAUCAUUGGCAAAGGUGGUCAAAAUGUCAGGGAAUUGCAACGUAUCACAGGAGCUUCGGUGAAAAUCCCUGAGGAUGAACCUAAAGUAGCCGAUCCCACUGCUCAAGAGGAAGCGAAAGAAGGUUCAUCAUCCCCCUCACCAAGCGAUAGUGGUACCGUAGUGCGAAUUGUAGGAAAUUUCUUGGCUACUCAGAGCGUGCAGGUCCGCAUUGGACAACUCAUCGCUGACUUCCAACGCGCUACAAAUCUACAUGGUGAUAGGCGCAAGGAAGAGCCACAAGGUUUGCCAAGUAACGAAUUGCCGGUCAAACUACGGACGGAACUGACGGUUCCAUCUCGCUUAGUAGGUAGAAUCAUUGGCAAAGGUGGUCAAAAUGUCAGGGAAUUGCAACGUAUCACGGGAGCUUCGGUGAAAAUCCCUGAGGAUGAACCUAAAGUAGCCGAUCCCACUGCUCAAGACGAAGCGAAAGAAGGUUCAUCAUCCCCCUCACCAAGCGAUAGUGGUACCGUAGUGCGAAUUGUAGGAAAUUUCUUGGCUACUCAGAGCGUGCAGGUCCGCAUUGGACAACUCAUCGCUGACUUCCAACGCGCUACAAAUCUACAUGGUGAUAGGCGCAAGGAAGAGCCACAAGGUUUGCCAAGUAACGAAUUGCCG